CGCUGAUUGGCUGCUGCCAAUCAACAGCGCUCGCCGUUUCUUGUGUGAGCGCCGCUGGGUUAAUAGCGCAGAACUUGCUGAGGGCGGAUUCGAGACGAGUUCAGGGAAAUUCUGCCGCGGCUUGAAGUAAAAACGGAAGCCUUUCUGCAACGUGACAGCCAAACUUUCCCAGUCCGCUUCUGCCGUUGUAUCCGAAGUUCGGGGCUUUGCUCAUGGAAUAAUCCCGGUCCCUCUGCACCCCCCCCCCCCCCUUUUGCUCGUCGCCGGCGAUGUCCUCGGAACCUGAUCUCCGCAACCCCAUGCCUGCUCCGGCCGGGGGUCGGAACUCGCUCCCGGGCAUGGGUCGCUCGCCUGCGCCGGAGACCCCCGAGGUCGGGGCCGGCAGCCCCACGUCGCAGAAGGCGAACCGUCCGACGGGGCCCACCGGCCUCCACUUCCUAGUGCAGGUGGGUCUCCACCGGGAGAGCGUGUCCCUGGGGCUGCAGGACGCUUCGGUCAAGAAAGCCAAGGAGUUGGCCCUCACCCUCAUCCUCCGGAAGUUCCCGGACGCCACCUUCUACCAGCUAACCGCCGGGCAGCUGCUACUCUUCCGCCAUGAGCUGGAAUCCGAGAACAUCCUGCGGAGGCUCAGGUCCUCCGACAUCAUCCGGCAGGGAGACCUGAUUGAGGUGGUCCUGGCAGGCUCAGCCCUGAAAGGGAGCAGCAACAUUUUCCCCCACGUGCUCCACGUCCACUCCUACAGGGCCCCGGCGUUCUGUUACCACUGCGGGGAGAUGUUGUGGGGUCUGGUCAGACAGGGCCUGAGGUGCGAAGGCUGCGGGCUCGACUACCACAAGCGCUGUGCCUUCAAGAUUCCCAACAACUGCACACGAGGCCUGCAGGAGGCUGCCCGCGGCGGGAUGGGCGGGGGCCGGAAGCCGCCAGCGGGCCGCCCCCUCUGGACGGAACGCCGGGAGGGCCUGGGGGUGCAGGUGCCGCACACCUUCCACAUCCACACGUACACGCGGCCCACCGUCUGCCAGCAGUGCCGGCUCCUCCUGCGGGGCCUCUUCCGGCAGGGCCUACAGUGCCGCGAUUGCAAGUUUAACUGUCACAAACGAUGUGUCGCUCUGGUUUCUAAUGACUGCUCGGGCGAGAGUGCCCUCAUCAACGGCGAGGAGGGUCAGAAUCCCGAGGCGGGGGAUCCACUGGCAGAGACGGAAGAGGAGGGCCAGGAUUCUGACUCCAAGCCUCCAGAAGUGCUGGAGAACAUUCCAGACAUCACUGCAGAGUCCAGCUCCCUGUCAGACACCAGUCCGGACGAUCACUCGGAGCCCCUCAGCCCGACGUUCUCCAGCAACAUCCCACUGAUGCGCGUGGUGCAGUCGGUGAGGCACACCAAGCGGAGGAGCAGCACCGUGUUGAAGGAGGGCUGGCUGAUGCACUACAGCAAGACCGAUUCGCUGAGAAAGCGACACUACUGGCGGCUGGACAGCAAGUAUAUCACACUGUUCCAGAACGACACCGACACCAAGUUCUACAAGCGAUUCCCCCUCUCGGACGUCCAGCUGAUCCGCUCUGGCCUGGAUCCUCAGUUCGAGUUUGAGCUGGUCACCCGCAGCACCACGAUCUACGUGGGGGGGAGUGCCCCCGCCAACACCCUCUGCCCCCCUGGGCUGCACCCCUCCUGGGUGCCCAGCCAGGACUGGGAGCGGGCCAUCAGGCAGGCCCUUCGGCCCGUCACCUCCCACCCCGGGCCGGACGCAGACUCAGACUCGGGACAGCAGACCCAGGAGAGCACAGAGCAGUCCGUGGCCAAUACCAGCAGCCAGGAUAUCAGCGCCGUUUACCAGAUAUUCCCGGACGAGGUGCUGGGAUCGGGCCAGUUCGGAAUCGUUUACGGAGGGAAGCACAGAAGGUCGAGCCGGGACGUGGCCAUCAAAGUCAUCGACAAACAGCGCUUCCCCACCCAGAGGGAGAGUCAACUCCGCAACGAGGUGACCAUCCUGCAGAACCUGCAGCACCCUGGGGUGGUGGCGCUCGACGCCGUGUUCGAGGAUUCGGAGCGCGUGUUCCUGGUGAUGGAGAAGCUGCGCGGAGACAUGUUGGAACUGAUCCUUUCCAGUGAGAACAGCCGCCUGCCCGAGCGCCUCACCAGGUUCCUCACCAUCCAGAUAUUGGAAGCCCUCCGCUACCUUCACUCCAAGAACAUAGUCCACUGCGACCUGAAGCCGGAGAACGUGCUGCUGGCGUCGGACGACCCUUACCCCCAGGUGAAGCUCUGUGACUUCGGCUUUGCGCGUAUCAUCGGCGAGAGGUCGUUCCGCCGCUCGGUGGUGGGCACGGCCGCCUACCUGGCCCCCGAGGUGCUCCGGAGCCAGGCCUACAACCGCUCGCUGGACCUGUGGGCGGUGGGCGUCGUCAUCUACGUCUGCCUGAGCGGCACCUUCCCCUUCAACGAGGACGAGGACAUUAACGACCAGAUCCAAAACGCCAGCUUUAUGUACCCCGCCCGGCCCUGGCAGGACAUCUCCCCCGAGGCCAUUGACCUGAUCAACAGCUUGUUGCAGGUGAAGAUUCGGAAACGCUACAGUGUGGACAAAGCCCUCAGUCACCCCUGGCUCCAGGACUUCCAGAGCUGGCUGGACCUGCGGCGCUUCGAGGGGCGGAUGGGCCGCCGUUACCUCACGCACGAGUGCGACGACAAGCACUGGCGGGCGCACGCCGAGGAGCACGGCCUGGAAUACCCCCGGCUCGCGGGCGCCGCGUCCUGACCCGGGGUGGGUGGUGGUGGAUGGAGGCCAUCCCGUCGAUACCCUGUCUCUGGCGGAGGUAGCCUGCGUGAUGGGGAGGCGACCCCCUUCCAGUAGCUCGCUGGGCCCUGGGGG